GUGGUGACUCCCACACCUGAAGAAGUCAGCGCCGCCAAGCGGAAAUUUCAAUAUCGGGAGGAUCUUUUCCACUUUGCAGUAGCCAGGGUGGCAGGAGGAGGGAAAUCAUCCCUCAUCAAUGCCUUCCGCGGUUUGCUUAAAAAGGAUAUGGGAGCUGCUGCCACAGGCAUCACAGAGACAACGCCAACUAUGGCUAGACUCCCCGACCCCAAUGUGGAAUACCCUCUUGUCUGGUGCGAUAUCCCGGGCGCAGGCACGCUCAAAAUCCCAGACUGGCAAUACUUCAAUACCCAAGGCCUUUACAUCUUUGACGGUAUCAUCGUCCUGUUCGACAAUCACUUCACUAUGACCGACAUCGUCAUCCUUGUCAACUGCAGGUGUUUCAAGAUCCCCACAUAUAUCGUGCGCUCUAAGGCAGAUCAGCAUAACUUGAAUAUCAUGAAGGAUGAUGGGUACGAUAGCAAUGAUGAGAGUGAGGGCAAGAAGAAGAAGCUUUACCAGGCUGCACGACAGCAGUUCAUUUUGAAGACGCACCGGAGCAUGAAAGACAACAUGAAGAAUGCCAAUAUGCCUGAUCAAAGGGUUUACAUUGUUUCGAAUACAACAAUAUUUGGUGUUGUGAAGGGAAAGCGGCCAAAGAAGAUCAUCGACGAGAUCGACUUGUUGAGCGACUUGAUCCGAGAAGCCCAGACCAGGCGAGGACACCCUAAUGCUGAGAAUGAAUGA